UCUUUAAUUCACAAAUCAUAAAACCUUGUCUUCAACCUUCUAAAACCCCUCGUUCGCUAUUGCCGGUGAACACCACCGAAUCAUGGCGGUUAUUGAACAUCUCGUCUCUCAAGCUCGCCGUCACUGCUUCUCCUCUUCUCUCAUUCGCAGUUGCUCCUCGCCUAAUUCUUCGUUCACAUGGCUUCAUAGAUCAUUCUGUUCAUCUUCAUCGCCGAUACAACCCGAUCCAAAUCCUCCACGUAAUGAAACCAAUCGGAACAGGCCCCAACCUUUAUCUGUUCAACCCAUUUCUUACGCCGUUAAACCUAAAGUCCCGUUUCCAUCUUCGCAUCAAGAGCCUGCGAGCCUUGAACAAUCCGACCCGAAUGUGGAUAACCCACAACCACAGGCCAACGUGGAGUCGCGAGCUUGGAGUCGCGAAGACGUCAGGUUCGUGAGGGACUUCAAUCCGUCACCGGUGGUUUCAUAUCCUAAAAGGGUGGCGCCAUUGCCGGAGGAUAAGACGCAGGAAGCUGAUGGUGAAGCUGAGAGGACGAAUGAGGAAAUGGAUGCAGAGCGGAAGAAGAUUGAGGCUGAGCAUCGGGUAAUGAGGAGGGUUUUUAGGAUUGAAGAACCAAAGGUUCCUUUCCCGACUUUGAUCAAGGUGGAGCAGCCCCAAAACACGAAGGGGCAAAAGGUUGUUCAUGAUCUCAAGGAGGCCGUACAGCUUGUAAAGAAGAAUGCCAUGUGCAAUUUUGAUGAGACCUUGGAAGCGCAUGUAAAAUUAGCUGUUGAUUUGCGCCGUACUGAUCUGAAGCUUACUGGCUCAUUAUCUCUUCCUCAUGGCAGUGGAAAGGCUCUUCGGGUGGCUGUGUUUGCUGAAGGAGCUGCUGCAGACGAGGCUAGAGCUGCAGGUGCUGAUUUGGUGGGUGGUGAGGAUCUUAUAGAAGGAAUAAAAAACGGGAAUAUUAACAUAAAAGAAAUUGACAAGUGCAUUGCAGUUCCUCAACUGAUGCCACAAAUAGGGAAAGAGAUAUCCAAAAAACUCAACCGUUUGACGCCAAAUGCGAGAGAUGGUUCCGUAACCACUGAUAUUUCAAGGGCAGUGAAAGAAGCAAAGAAAAACAUUAAGUUUAAGAAAGACAAGUCUGCUAUUGUUCAUGUUGGUCUUGGAAAGGUCAGUUUUACAGAAGAGGCUCUAUGUGAAAAUAUUGGUGCUUUUGUUAAUGCUCUUUUGCUUGCGAAGCCAACAGGCUUAAAGAAAAGUUCCAAGUAUGCUGGGUACGUGAACACCUUCCAUAUCUGCAGCACGAUGGGUCCGUCUUUCCCUGUUUCCAUUCAAUCGUUGUCCAUAGCAGCUGAUCGUUACACCAAAUUGCAACUGAGAUGACCAGUGCAAUUGACUUUGAACUCGAUGCAUCUCCAGACACCCAAUUUGUUCUUUAUGCAUUUUGGUUGGAUUCUCUUGCACAAGCUGCUGAUGGUGUAUUCAUUCUGCAUAAGCAUAUGAUUUUUAGAUGCUUUUUUUCAAGUACUUGACGUCUCUCAUAACAAAGCUAAUAGUUGACCUUGUUUGAUGAAAUAUGUAGCACUUGUUACCUGUAAAAUUUUGAUGCAUUUUCAGGAAUAUAUAAUUUGAGUUUAGAUUGAAUUA